CAGGUUUUCGCCAUCCUGAGGAAAGAGAAUUGCGAGCGGGAAGGUGCUGCUGCUGUUACACAUGUCAACAACUGAACUCCGUAGAAAGCUGAGACAACCACUUAUCAAAAUAUACAUCGUAGUCAGGCCUUGGUACACAGAAACUACGAUUGUGAGUUCUCAAGUCAGAGUUAGUCUGAACAGCGGUUGAUAUAUACGGUGUCUGUCUGCUUUUACCAAAAUCAGGAGGAGUCAUGCAAGCCUUUUUGAAAGGAGCGACUGUUCAGUCUACCAGACCUCAAAAAGACAAGGCAACAGCAGGGCCCUGCACAGAGAAGAAAGCCAAGGCUAUUCCCUGGGUAGAAAAAUACAGGCCAAAGUGUGUCGACGAGGUGGCCUUUCAGGAGGAGGUGGUAGCAGUGCUGAAGAAGUGUUUGGAAGGAGCAGAUCUUCCCAACUUGCUCUUCUAUGGCCCUCCUGGAACAGGAAAGACCUCCACCAUCUUAGCCGCUGCCAGAGAACUUUAUGGCCCACAGCUGUACAGACAGAGAGUGCUGGAGCUCAAUGCCUCAGACGAACGAGGCAUCCAGGUGAUCAGAGAGAAGGUCAAAAACUUUGCUCAGCUCACUGUGGCCGGGACUCGCCCAGAUGGGAAGCCGUGUCCUCCUUUUAAGAUCAUAAUCCUGGAUGAGGCAGACUCCAUGACAGCACCAGCUCAGGCCGCUCUCAGGCGGACCAUGGAGAAAGAGUCCCGCACUACCCGCUUCUGCCUCAUCUGUAACUACAUCAGCAGGAUUAUUGAGCCUCUGACGUCCAGGUGUUCCAAAUUUCGUUUCAAACCUCUAGCCAAUCAGAUUCAAGAAGAGCGGUUGCUGGAAAUCUGUGAGAAGGAGAACCUCAAGUACACCAAGGAGAGUAUAGCAGCACUGGUGAGGGUGUCUGAGGGAGACCUGCGGAAAGCCAUAACCUUCCUCCAGAGUGCUGCACGUCUUAACGUGGACAAGGAGAUCACAGAGCAUGCUGUGACUGAAAUAGCCGGGGUCAUCCCUGCCAAGAUGAUUGACAACUUGAUCCAGAUCUGUUUCACAGGAACAUUUGAGAAACUAGAGGUUGCUGUGAGGAACAUGGUGGAUGAAGGCUAUGCAGCCACACAGAUCCUGAGUCAGCUUCAUGAGUCUAUCAUAGAACAGGACCUGAGUGACAAGCAGAAGUCAGCCAUUACAGAGAAGAUGGCGGUUGUGAGUAAGUGCCUGUCAGACGGUGCAAAUGAAUACCUGCAGAUGUUGAGUCUGUGUUCGGUCAUCAUGCAGGAGGCCUCCCAGCACAACUAAAACUCCACAAAGCAGCAUCUUCUCCUGGGGGAGAGCACUGUCAUCACCAAGACAGCAGCACUUCACUCUGAUUCAGCUGAGUUGGUUCACAGUCACAGUUUGGACAUUGAGCAGUAGAUACCAGAUGAUAGUGGUGUAGUUGUUUACAGCCAGAGACCACAGCUGUGGAGGUGUUUCUCUCUGUGUUUAAUCAGAAACAGUCUCCCUCAACUCACUUCAAUAAAUAAGACACCACAAUGUGAACAUUCUUUCAAAAUCUCUGAUACUAUUAAAUAAUAUAUAGCGCUUUUCAGGAUACUCAAAGACGCUUGAUAAAGGGCAACAUCAUCCAUCAGAUGUCUCAAUAUUCCUUUUCAUUCAUGUAAAUACUUACCAACUGAUCUUUGUACACUUUUUGCUUUUGGGAAGUAAAAAAUAGUUUUUGUAUA